AUGUUAGACUUUGUUAAAGAUAUCAUGUGUUUCUAUAAUCCUUUAGGCGGUGGCCACGGUCGUACACAUCGUGAAGAUGCCCGAAAUAAUAAAUAUACAGUAAUCACUGAUCAUUUAUUAGCAGAUAAACUAUUUCAACGUGUAUCACCACUGCUUCCCCAAACACUUGAGUGGAUGUCGGAUAAUUGUUAUUUUACUAAAGCUGUUGGAGGACGAGAAUGGUCACUUGCGGGUUGUGUUGAUCGGAUGCGACUUUUUAAAUAUGAAAAGGAUGAAGAAUACCCCGAGCAUAUGGACGGUAGUUACAGUCGAACAAUUACGUAUAAUAAUGAAUCUCAAAAAUCAUUUAAACAGCAUUCCUUUUUAACAUUACUGAUCUAUUUGAAUGACGGGUUUCGGGGUGGUGAAACAAAAUUUUACCCUGAUAAACAACAUUGUCGAUUUCUUCGAGAUAUUGAACAAAAACAAGCCGUUCAUUUAAUUCAACCAAAACAAGGAAUGGCCCUAAUUAAUAUCCAUAACAUUCUUCACGAAGGUUCAAAAGUUCAAUCAGGUGUUAAAUAUGUAUUAAGAACAGACAUCCUAUAUCAAAAACCAAUGGAAUUGCAUUCAAAAAUUGAAAAGUAUUCACAAAAAAAUACUAAAGACACUGUUAUUAUUAGUGACUGGGAAAAACAUUUUGAGCCGUCAUGUAAAAUGUAUCAUGAUUAA